AUGUUUGACGACAACUUACCUCAUCCUCCAGUCGUAGAACCCUGGGAUAAAUAUGACGAGCCGGGUUUUCAGCCGAAUGCCACUCUGAAUCAACUAAAUGAUCGUUCGGACGAGUCACACCGUGUAGUUUCCGACUCGCUGCCCACUGCUAUUGGCUGCACACACAAGCAGUCAUCCUCAAUGGUGGGCUCCCAUGGUCUGUCUGAUCCCGAUGGACUCCUUAUCACAGGGGAGACUAAUUCACGAAGCAGCCCGGCUACGCAAUUCACUGACUCUAUCAAACGUCAUGGAAGUGCAGCGGGAUUGUCCAAUUCGGGUAGUCCGGUUGUUGCAACUUCCGGCACUGGUGGUUCGGGUGUAAGUGCUUCCAUGAAUACCGGCAGCGGUUACCCAUUGGUAUCUACCCCUCAGCAAAGUACCGCCAACAGCAGCAACAAGUCGUCCACAAUGGCGCAGCUCUUGGCUUCCAGUUCUUCCAACGCGUCACCUACUUGUGGUGGUACGAACACAACCACAGGUGGUAGUGUCGGUGGAUCUUCAAUGUGUUUGUAUGAUUAUCAUAACAUGAUGUCCACAGAUUCGAGUAUUCGAGACGCUGAAACACACAGCUCCGAUUGGACUGGAUCUUCUUCCGCUGGUCCACCAUCUAAAAUGAUGAAAGAUGCGGUAGGUGCGCCCGGGACACCAAUGGCACGUUCCGUGAUAGAGUAUCCUCCUGGAGGGACGGAACAAUCCUCUUCGUCGUCGCGACCUACUGUGACUGGCCAAAUGGGGAGUGCCAGUGGGGAUCCGUUCACUUCACCACCCGGUGCAACGACCACAGUGACGUUCUUUGUCUGUGAAGUGUGUGCCUCACGCUACCGGUCCACGGCUGGAUUACGUUAUCACUAUCACAGUCAACACUCAGGAUAUUCACCGAAGAAUCCCAUAUCUGCUUCAGCAUCCAGAUUGGUGGUACCGAUUGGAGAAGAACGCGGUAUCGGGGGUGGUCUACGUGGUGGAAGACCUCGGCGAAACAAGGAACCAAAUGCGAUUCAGUCGUCUACUCCGGACCCCGGUUCAACAUUUUCUCCCAACUAUAUCUCCGCGAACACAAAUGGGACAAACACAGGUACCAUCAGGAUCUUCAAUGAAUCACCAUCUCCAACACGAGCUUCCUUCUAUCGGAACUCGGGAUACAGUCCGAAAAAUCAAUUGAGUUCAAACGGACUGUUGGAUGAUGGUCUGAAACCAAGCGGUGGUCUUACAACUCCCCUCACCUCAAUGGGUCUCAUGGCCAAUGCAUUUAGCUCAUCCACACCGGGCACCACUGAUGCUCCCGGUGGAUUAAUUGAACUUGGACGAGUGGUGCCACCCCAGCGUAUUCAUCACUCUUCCGGAGUCGAUAUAUCAUCCUCUCGAACUGUCUUAUCUGGCAGUUCUUCCACAACAUCUAAUCCUAUUGGAACUACUCCUUCUUAUCACACUAUCCCGUGGACUGGAACAGAACCUUAUGCAUCGGGGCAAACUCUUUCGCAACUCGGUUUAGAUGCAACUCACACGAUUGGAAUGGGCGCGUUUUCACGGAUAACUAUUGCCCAACGCCGCUAUGAACGUCAGCAUUGUUCAGAUCGAGUAAACUCCAGUGGUCGUACGACAGCUGGGUCGACAAACGGGCCGCAUUGUGUCUACUGUCUUGGAGAUGAUCGACUUAAUCCACGAAUAGGUCGAGCUGAGAGUUUGCUACGUUGCUACCGAUGCGCACAAUGGGCUCAUUUCAGUUGUCUUCGUCUGCCUCAGCACGUGGUCGAGGCUGCAAUGCGAUACCCUUGGCAAUGUAUCGAGUGUAAAACAUGCUGGCUAUGCGGAUCACCUGAGGAAGAGGUGAGUAAUGCAUGA